AUGUUGCAUGCUGGAGAUGGCAAACAGAACAGCGGAAGUAAUCGUAGCAGUACUGGGAGUUCUGCUUCGGGGCUUGCUGUUGGAGGGACACCUCAGCAUCACAAUACUGCGUUUAUACACAAGUUGUACAGUAUGUUAGAGGAUGAGGAGAUGAAAGAUCUGAUCUGGUGGUCUCCUGCGCAGAAUUCAUUUCUGAUAAGGCCUAGUGAGCGAUUUUCCAAGGCCUUGGCCACAUAUUUUAAGCAUACUAAUGUUGCUUCGUUUGUGAGACAGCUAAACAUGUAUGGUUUCCACAAAGUUAGCGAUCAUAAGCAGAGUGAUAAGGGACCUGAGAUUGAUAAAAACUGCGGCGUGGAUGAUGGGUCUAUUACGCCGUGGGAGUUUCGUCAUAGUAUGGGGUGUUUCAAGAAGGGUGAUAAGGAAUCUCUGAAGUCCAUUAAACGACGGUCAUCGAAGAGUCAGAUUGUUACUAUGAAGAAUAAUUCAGCCAUUAGUUCGAUGAGCUCACUCUCGACUCAGCAGGAUCCCACAUGGUCUGAGCCAACUAGAGUACAAUCUCCAGAAGCCGACGAUGGAUAUUAUCAGCAGCAGUAUUCGGAUCUACAGCAGCAGAUCCAGCAACAGUUUAGUCACCCUGUUAUGCCAGAAAAGCCUGUUGAGUAUAAACAGCAGCAGAUGGGCGUGGUAUCGAUGCAGAAUAAGUUUGAGACUGCUAUUGAAGAGAUAAGAGCUACCAAUAUGGAUAUGUUGAUGCUAUUGGAUUUGGUAACCAAAGCGAUCACCAUUUCGUCGAUACGUAAUACUUCAGGAAGUACUUCCAAAAAGGCAAGGGUUUCACUCUCAAGCUCAGAAGGAAGCAAAGGACAACUGAAUCCGGAUUUAGUAUCGCCUCCGGGCGAGGGUUCACAACUAAGUCAAGAGCAGCUAAUAGAACAUUUAAACCAAGAAAUUAUGAACUUUAAGUCAAGUAUUUUGACCAAAUUAAACAAAACGACGGACUUCCUGCGGUAUGCUCCUAAUGUACGACAUUUACAGAAAACAUCACAUUCUUCACUACCUGGGUAUUCUUCAGUGCCAUCUACGGCGUCGGUCACUCCCGCGGCUGGUAUAAACACGGCAGCUUUCCAAUCAAACAGUUCCAACACUAUUACUUCUUAUGGAACGUAUGCUUCUGGAAAUCCUAUAUCUAAUAUUUCAAAUCCCCCAAAUAUCGGUGUGCCGCAGUAUCUUACAGCAAAUCCGUUUGCUAAAAGGAAUUCCUCUACCUCAUUAACGAGAAAAAGGCAUAUGAGUUUAUUAGUCGACCCCUUUGCACCAGCACCUGCCCAAACUACUUCAGCAGCUUCUUCUCCGAAUAUACGAGAACAUCAUACACCGUCCCACGGUGCAAUAGGAAGUUCAGGAGCAGGCGCUCCAGCGCAAUCUGUUCUAAUAGGGGAAAAAAGACCUCAUUCACCGCAUCUCCGGGAAUCACCUCCUCUAGCUGAGGUGUCGACAACAAUGAAAAGUUUCCGUGAUAGUUCCCAACUGAGUCGUUCUACGGAAGCUUCGGAUAACACAGAUCAACGUCGACCCACUACACAAUCGAUAUCAUAUAAGCCUUCUGUUUCGUAUGUUCCUGUACAAGCGGAAUCAGGCCCUAUUACUCAACAACCGAAACGACAGUCGUUGCCACACAUUUUACCAUCUUGUGCGGCGAACUCCGCUUCUUUUACAUCAUAUGCAAAAAGCGCGGUUCCAUUUGCAAGUACUUCAUCCAGUGCAUUAGCUGGACAAAUGCCAAUGACUGCAGGAGAUGAUAAUGCACCAAGACCGUCAUCUUUGAAUCCUGUGAAACCAAUGCCAGCUAGUCCUAGCAAGGUUAUUGCUCGUGCUCAAGAGGGACGUAAACAGCCUCUGAACACAAAGAGUAAGGAUCUUUAUGAUUUAUUAAACCAUGACUCCUAA